CUGCAUGCCCCGCGCUGCCCGGAAGGCUGCGCUGUUGACAAUAUGGCCGGGCUGGGAGCUGCGGAUGGAGGAAGGAGGAAGUGUCAUUCAUGUUAGAGCUGCCGGGUGUCUCUGUACUCUCGGAGCCCAGAGCCCGGUGUCCCCGGCGUCCCGUGCCCGAGAGGAGGGGAGCCGGGGCGCCCAGCAUGCGCUGAGAGAGCCGGCAGAGCCCGGGAGCAGGCGGCGCCAUGUCCUUCUUCCGCAGGAAAGGGAAAGCAAAAGAUCCUGAUAAGUCAGAUGGAAAAACAUUUAAAGUUCUAGAUCAGGCACCAGUACCGGUACAUUCCCCAGCAAGAAGCCCGAAAAAUAAUGCCUUACUGGAGGCUGCUGGUCCAAGCCAUGUGGCUAUCAAUGCCAUCUCAGCCAAUAUGGAUUCCUACUCUAGAAGCAGGACAGCUGCCCUCAAAAAGCAGCCAACCCACAUGGAAGCUACUCAUUUUGGUGACCUGGGACGGUCCUGUCUAAAUUAUGAGGCCCAGGAGUCCAAAUCCAGCCUUUCAAAGACCCUGGAGGAAGUUCUACAAGAUCAUGUGGCCCUUCCAUAUUUUAUCCAAUUCAUGGAGCUCCGUAGGAUGGAACAUUUGGUAAAAUUUUGGCUGGAAGCAAAAAGUUUUAACACAACUACUUGGUCACGUAUAAGAGCAUACAGUUUAAACACUGUAAAGCAAAGCUCAUUGGCAGAACCAGUAUCUCCAGCUCCAAAACGACCAGACUUGUCUGCUACACCACCACCCCCUAUGUCUAGUAAUCCGCAGACCCAUAACUACUCUGUAAUACCACAUCACACAACCAGGUUGAAAGGUUUGGAUCCAAGUGAAAAACAAAGCGGUACUUCAAAACGGUUGCAGACUAAGCACCAGAUAGCAUGUACCCCAUCUAUUCAAUUGGAACUGUGCACAGAUCAAACUUUGUCCACUUACGAGCAGUCUUCCAUGCAUAAUGCCUCAAAGAAGGAAAGCCCUCCACAUGAAGGACUUGACAUGUCACAAAAACUAAUGAAGGGUAUUGAAAGAGAUGCUGUUAACAUAUUCACCAAAUACAUUUCUCCGGAUGCUGCUAAACCAAUCCCGAUCAGUGAGGAAAUCAGAAGUGAUAUUGUUGCCAAGAUCUGCGGUGAAGAUGGACAAGUGGAUCCAAAUUGCUUUGUUACAGCACAGUCCAUUGUUUUUAAUGCCAUGGAGCAAGAGCACUUUUCAGAAUUUUUGCGAAGUCAUCAUUUCUGUAAAUACCAAAUUGAAGUGCUGACCAGUGGAACAGUUUACCUGUCGGAUAUCCUAUUUUGCGAAUCUGCUUUAUUUUACUUCUCAGAGUAUAUGGAGAAGGAAGAUGCAGUAAACAUAUUGCAGUUUUGGUUGGUGGCUGACAACUUUCAGUCUCAGCUGGCAGCCAAAAAUGGCCAGUACGAUGGACAGGAAGCGCAGAAUGACGCCAUGAUCCUAUACGAUAAAUAUUUCUCCUUACAAGCAACACACCCUCUGGGCUUUGAUGACUCUGUGCGACCAGAAAUAGAGUCAAACAUCUGCAGGGAAGGUGGGCCGCUCCCUAACUGCUUCACCACUCCGUUACGUCAGGCUUGGACUACCAUGGAGAAGGUUUUCUUACCUGGCUUUCUCUCUUGCAAUCUGUAUUACAAGUACUUGAAUGACCUCAUCCACUCUGUGCGAGGGGACGACUACAGCUGGAGUGGAACAGGGACUCCUGGUCAAGGAAACCAAAGCACUCCUAACCAUGAGCAUCGUACAACUCCUGCAGAUAACUCCAGCUCUCAGUCCAAUGUGAAAAAGAGCAAUGUAAAAAUUCUGAAAAACUUUGAUGAAGCAAUAAUUGUUGACGCUGCAAGUCUGGAUCCUGAAUCUCUAUAUCAACGAACAUAUGCAGGGAAAAUGACGUUUGGGACAGUCAGUGAUCUGGGUCAGUUCAUCCGUGAAGCAGAGCCAGAACCUGAUGUAAAAAAAUCCAAAGGAUCAAUGUUCUCACAAGCUAUGAAGAAAUGGGUCCAAGGGAACACAGAUGAGGCUCAAGAAGAAAUGGCCUGGAAAAUAGCAAAAAUGAUUGUUAAUGAUGUGAUGCAGCAAGCGCAAUGGCAAAACCCGCCAGAGAAAAUUACCAAGAUAUGAGAUCCGCUAUUCGUGACUGAAUUUAAAACUUUACCCGAAUUGAAAGAACAUUUUCCCACAUUUGUGGAUCCUGCGUAUAGGCAGAAACAAACAAAAACAGGUUGUUUAUUGCAGCCAAGCUACAGCCUUCAGGAAACUAGAAACGAAGAUCCGCCAUCAAAAACUGAUUUGUAAUCCUACACAGUGGUGUCCUAUCUCUCAUACUUGAUUCAUGUGCUCAAGGCACUUCUUAUUAUGAAGGUUUUGAAUCUAUGAAGUGUAACUCUGUAGCAGAAACGUUAGUUUUGAAGGAACCUGCAGCAUGAGGAUGAUAUCUACAAAUUCAAGAACUAACUCAAGAUCUUUGCAGUGGUCCAGUGAAAUUAAAAUGACUGUGUGCAGUAAUCCAAAUUUUUUUGGCCUGUCCAUUGAAAACCAUGUGAGUGCCAGAGGCGUGAGUGAUGCAUUUUGCCGCACAUGACUCUGAUACUCAGAAGGUUUAAACAAAUCUAAAAACUAUCUGCUUUUGCACCAAAACAUUUCUGCAACUAAGUUAACUUUGGGGAACUUUUGAGUUCAUAUGCAAGGAUAUGCUAUGCCAGUUUCUAUCUUGGGAGAAACAUUUUUUAUCGAAAUUCCAUUUCCUGAAAUAACUACUUAGAACAUUCUUUGCAUUUUCCCUAUUGAAUUGUUGUUCUUCUAGAUUUAUAAAUCAGGUGACCCUGACAUGUCGCUCAUUACUUUGACACAUGCGUGUUUCCCCUCUAUGCAUGAAUACUUUCACAUAUCUUAGUAGGCUUAGUACAAAACAUUACUUUUAGAGCCUGUUGCCCAAUGUUCUUUUCCAUUUUGAUUCGGUUGCACUAUGAUCCAAUGCUACAGCAAAGUAACUUUGUCCAAUGCUUUUUUCAUGAGACUUUCUAAAUGUCCACUCUCUGGAUUGUUGUGGGAGAUGCUGGCUAAAUGAUUUUAGGCCUGAUCUGGUGCUAUAGGAGCAAAUUCUAAAGUAAAGUAAGCACCUUAAGCAUCAAUAACUGGAAUUUCUCAUCCAUGAAUCUUUGAGCUGUUAAGAUGUGAAUUUGAACUGAUGCCUACUUUGGUUAUUUUGAGCUGUAUGAUCAGUUUCCACUUGCAAUUAUUAUUAUUAUUUUUUAAACUUUAUGACCAAAUUUAAAUAGUCGUAUUAGGAACUGGCUUACUAGGUUCCUCAAUGAUCUGUGACCAGGUGUAUGAUGGCUACGGUCAAGUCCAGAUGCAGCUAAAUUUACCAACCUUUGGCUGCUUUUGCAUUAAGUCAUAACAAAUGUUUUUAACGUGUGUUCCGAAGAUGGUAGGAUUUCAAAAUCUCCUUAAUACAAGUACAGAUGGCUGUUUCAUUAGCACACAUUAAUAUGUUGGAGUAAAUGAGUUGCUUAAUGAUGUUAAUGGGCAGAAUCGUAAGAAGAAGCACUGACCGUUUGUUCUUUAGGAAAUUUAAGCAGGGACAAGAGUGAGCUAGACCAAUCACCAGCAAGUUCUGUUUAAAGUAUUCAGUUCUUAUGGUGUUUAACCUCCAUCUUGUUUCGGACCAGUAUAUCUCAAGGCAUACCCUUUGAAGACCCAGGCAGAUGUUCAGUGACCUGAAUAACACGCACUGGUACUAAACAUCAAUAAUGUUUGUAGUUUUUAACAAAAGACAGUAUUCUGGAAAGUGGGCUUGUACUCGUUGUCAAAGGAGUGUAGUUACUUGUAAACAAAUGGUACAUUUGUCAGCCACUUCCCGUCAGUGUUAUAAGAAAUAGUGUUUCCAGGACUGGACCAGUUACUUUUUGGUCCUCAUACAGGUAUAUACAUAUUCCAGGGUUGAAAGACUUUGAAGGGCGAGGAACAUUUUGAAUCCAAGUAUAUCCCCAUGUAUGUGUCCCUUUAUUUCUUUCUGCUACUUUUCAACUGGUUGUCUUGAGCUUAUAUAUACUGUUCUAUGCGGGUGCAUUGCUGCAUAACCAUAAAUUGUUA